AUGAUCGAUACAGUUAAAGGUGUAUCUUUUCCGGGCCCAUCGAGUAUACAGGCAGUUGCGGUACUUUCACAUCCAAAUAGUGAACAAGUUUAUGGACAUGUUGAUUUUGUACAAGAAAAAGAUGGAGCAGUCACCGUUAGUGGUGAAGUUAAAAAUAUAUCCGCUGCACAGAAACAUGGUUUUCAUAUACAUGAAUUUGGUGAUACAAUGAAUGGAUGUACCUCAGUGGACAAUAAUGAACAUGCUGGUCCACCAGAUGAACUUCGCCAUGUUGGUGAUCUAGUAAUAAAACUAACAGAUCCAACGUCGAUUAUUGGACGUUCAAUUGUUGUUCAUGAAAAAGAAGAUGAUGUAGGUCGUGAUGGUACACCAAAUUCAAAGAAAACGGGUAAUGCUGGUAGUCGUGUGGCUUGUGGUGAAAUCGGUUUAAAGACAAUUUAG